GUUGUUAGCUUACCGUUGGUUAAACCCUCCACUUUCCUGUCUUCCUUGUGCUCGCAGUGUACUGUAUGUGCUUUAAUCUCCACACAGCUCAUGUUUCCAGUGUGUCUAAAUAAGUGCACCUGGCAGCACAAUAAAUCUUAAUUGAUUCAAAUAAGUCAACAGUUAAGAUGGAGGAAAACCAGUACACAUCACUGACGGUUCCCACGGAUUAUUUUCAGCAGUGGUACCAGUCCAGCCAGCAGCACCCUGAGGCUCAGUAUGUGAUGCCAAAUCACAGCAUGGGCUAUUAUACAGAAGGUCCCAGAGAUGAGCCGGUCAUGGCUGAGCUAUCUGUACACCGGGAGCCACCUUCUCACCAGGAGCCUUUUUACCAGAACUACCACCCAGCCCCAAAUCACUACAAGGAACCGAUGUACCAGCAGAACAUCAUGGAGCAGCAACAGCAACAUCUUGCAGUCCUGCAGCACCCUCAGCAUCAACACACAGUACAGCAGCAGAAGCUGAGUAUUCAGCACCAGCCUCAGCCUGCUGGUCCACUUCAAGCUGUGACACCAGUGAAGAAAAAGAGAGGCCGACCUCCUAAACAGCAGGCGGAGGAGGGCGAGUUGCAGGAGGAGGAGGAUGAGGCUGAAGCCGCCAAGAAGGCCAAGAGGAUUCUGAACCGCUUCAACGGCAUGUCAGUGGCUGAGGUUAUGACCAAAACCCUGCCAGAUGUUAUUACCUACCAUCUUGACAUUUUGAUAAUUGGAAUUAACCCAGGACUAUUGUCAGCCUUCAAAGGACACCAUUACCCAAACCCAGGAAACCAUUUCUGGAAAUGUCUGUUUCUUUCUGGUCUGACUGACCAGCAGCUCAACUACAUGCAUGAUCAGAGCCUGCCAGAGAAAUACAGCAUUGGCUUCACCAACAUGGUGGAGAGGACCACACCUGGCAGCAAGGACCUCUCCAGUAAGGAGAUUCGUGAAGGAGGUCGACAGUUACUUGACAAGCUGCAGAAAUACAAGCCAUUAAUAGCAGCUUUUAAUGGCAAAGGUAUUUAUGAAAUCUUCUGCAAAGAAACCUUUGGUGUGAAGGCAAAGAAUCUCGAGUUUGGUCUGCAGCCCUACAAAAUCCCAGAGACUGAAACAGUGUGCUACUUGAUGCCCUCAUCAAGCCCUCGCUGUGCACAGUUCCCCCGCGCACAGGAUAAGGUACAUUUCUACAUCAAGCUGAAGGAACUGAGAGACCAGUUGAAAGGUUUGGCACCUGGCAGCGAGGUGGUAGAGACACAGUACUCCUUCGAUCUGCAGCUAGCUAAAGAGGAUGCUAAGAGGUUGGCAAUCAAAGAGGAGCAAGAGGAUCCAGAGUAUGAAAGCUGUAGCGGUUUGCAUGACAACACGAGGCAAAGCAGCAACGUCUCCAACUAAAAGAGCCUGAGGAGAGGAGAAAAGACAGGCCUGUCUUCUGUAGCACACAGAAAUAAACAUUGUGGACCAGUCUGCAAACAAAAUGACAUGGAACUGUUGCAGCUGGAGAUGUUCAGCCAUACCAGUUGCGAGAUGCAUCAGUGAGAGUCAGAAACCCUCUGGUGACACCACAAGAGAAGAGGGGUCACACUGUUCCCGAGGCAGCGCAAUGUGACGCACAAGAAAAUAAGUGCCGACAACAGUUACAUUUUCCAACUCCCAAACAGACUGAGCAUGUUUUCUGUGUUAUUUUCUAUCACUAUUUAUUGCAUUUUGUAAGGUAUGUGUGUCCAGUGACUUAUUUUUGUAUUUUGAAAGAAUGACAUUUUAUGAUUUCAUCUGUUCUAUAAAUAGGUAACUGUACUCUGGAAUUUCUAAUCUGUAAUUACAGAGUUAUUAAAUCUCUUCUAAAUCUG